AGCUAACCGGUAUAUAAUCCCGCCCUUUGCGACUCCUCGCUCUGUGCCUUCGUUGCACUCAAAUCGGCCUUUCUUGCGCUGCUCUAUCUGCCUCUGGUGCCAGCGAACUGCUCCGUCGUAGCCUUUCCAUUGCGCUACAAUGGAGGAAAACCCCACUGGUUUAUUGAGUCAUCCAGAAGAAUUUUCGCCGCUCUAUGGUUCUGCUGGUACCGCUGCGCACUACGCGUGGAUUGGGUACGCUGACGGCGAGAUCCAUGCGUUGGAUGGGAUGGAGCAGGUAUACUCAUCCGCUGGUGUAUACCAUCGCCCAAUGAGCGACCCGAACUCUACGAUCUGUCCUGGUGAUAUCAACGACUAUCAUGUACACCAGACUCAUUUGCAGCACUCCUUACCGCUCGUACACCAUGAUGAUGCUGUGACAUCCGGUCCUCGACCUAUUAUAAACUUCGGUACUACGCUGCGAGAUGCCCUAGUCGAAAGUCCUCCUCCCACAUCCCCGCCGUUCAGCAAGCCCUACCGAGUUGUCACCGAUCCUCCCGCGUUCCGUACCGCCCCCACCAAUAUUUCGGCUGGUCACUCUCCCUCCGCAGACCGCAUGUGGUACAUAGCGGGCACGGAGAUAGCUGUGACCUCUCAACAGGCAUGGUCAACGCUCUACGGCGUUACCACCAACCCUCAUCCUUCCCUCUACCAGUCCGACUCCCGCGUCUUGGACGUCCAAGGUGCUUAUAACCCUGUCGAAGCCCUUGCCCCAGGCUCAGACCCUGGUCAGAGUUCCUGCGAACACCCUGAGACCAUGCCGGCAGCAGAAGCAGGUCGUACCCACCCUUCGCUCUCGGCGACGUCCUGCGAGUCCUCCCUUUCUUCCAUUACCAAGGUUCCUCAGCACCCUAUCGGCUGCCUACCAGACCACCACCACGAUGAUGACGUGGCUGCAUCCCCGCCACCCAACCAAGGCGGACAAGGCCACUCCUCUGACAGCUGUCUAUCCCUAGUCACGAAGCGCUCGAAGUCGAAGUCUCAGAAGACCAUCCGCCCCAGCCCCAGCCCGCAGUCCCGUGGUCCGGGCAUGCUCGAGCAGACCUUCACGCUCGAGCUCAACAUGCCCAAGAAGCCGGCGGAGAAGAAACCCGUCAUGGCGUGCCUCUUUUGCCGCGAGCGCAAGAUCGCUUGCGGGCCGCCGCCCGAGGACAGUGCGGACCGGACGUGCAAGCAGUGUAAACGCCGGCACCUCAAGUGUGAGUACCCGACGGAGUCCCACCGAGGGCAGAGGCGGGGUGGCAGGAAGAAGAAGAAUGCUACGGAUGCGCCGGCGGGUCUUACGAACCCGGGGACCUAG